CACAUUCAGGGUUCCUGAGUUCAUUCACUCCAUGCAUGUCGAUAUGGUCUUCACCAAAAAAGUCUCACAUGCCAAUCUGUCGACAUGGCUGUAAGUAUGUCUGUCUGUCUGUCCAUACAUUCACACGUUCAAGGCAGCCACGGGAAAAAGGGACCGACUUAUAAGAGAUCCACAUCAUCGCAUGAAAACCCUUCCCUCUUCCGCACCGCCGGCCGCCCACAAUCCAUCGCACAGCGAGCCGCAUACCUGACAGAACACGGACAGACGACAAAAGGGAAAAGAAACACGACCCUCAUUUCAAUUCCCCCUCUUCCCAUGAAAGGGAGUCGCCGCAUCGCACCUGGUGUGUGGUUGUGGUCUGUGCAGCUCGUCGCCUGUCAACCGAAGAGCAUCUGAAACUGCUCGUUCGUCAGGGCGUCGCGCAUGAGUCUGGUGGUCUGUGGGUGGCGGGAUGGCCCCCGCUCUCCGCGCACCGCCCUCUCCGUGGUCAGCACCGCCACCUCGAUGAGUAGGCCCUCCCUUUCCAGGUGCAGAUAGGCGGCAAAGUCAUGGCUCGCCUGGUCGCCGUGCAGGAACACCUCCCUGGUAUGUUGGACUGGGAGUGUGUUGCUGCACUUGGUCGCAAUGGUGUGGCGAUUGAGGACGGGGGGCGGCUGGCUCACCAACUCCAGGAAGGAUCCAGCGUCGGGCCCAUGAAUCGUCUUGCGGGUCGCGAUGCUGAGCUGCAUGGGGACCCAGUGAGGGAAGGGCACCAACCUGAAUGGACGAACAGGCAAAGGAGGGAGAGGGAGGGUGUAUGUGUGCGCUUUGGGGCUGCUCUCUGCUUGCCUCAUCGUGAUGGCAUCACUGAACGACGCGUAGGUGUCAUUAGUAAGUGCAAUGCCCACCACACAAUGAGGGCAGAGAAGCACUCCCAUCUCGCUAUGCGCUUGCUUACCUGUGCACGAGGGAUCAUUGCUGUUGAACGAGUUGCGAUCUCGCGGGCGGUCAUGCAGUCUGAUGGGCACACCGCCCAGCUGCCCAUCUUGCAGCACACCCGCGGCAGGCUGGUAAGGCAUGGCCUGUGCACCGCGAUACAGGCGAUGGCCGAACAGCAGAUACACCUUGAUGCUGUCGGGGAGGCGGCUGUAGCUGGGCGUCGAACGCACCCUCUCCAUGUCACUCGCCGACAGAGUGAGCGGCAGCGGCUCCUUCACACCUCUGCCGGACAAACCACACACACACACAUACACACACACACACACACACACACAUACACACACACACAGAGUGACAGUGAGCUCCGAUGCCAAUGUGCACUGUGUGAAAGCACUUACCCGCAGUGGUUGGCGAUGCGCACCCGCCAGGCCCACUCCUCCCACCCACGUAUCCUCUCCAGCAGGCACAUCAGGAACAACAGACAGCCCUCACCUGCCUCCGAUUCCACAGCAAAGACGUCACUCAGACGCCGCUUCUCGAGAAGACGGCUGAUCUGCCGCACAAGGAAGGCCGGGUUGACCAGCUGCCGGCCUCGGCGGUACGCGCAGCGGUAGGCCGCGAGUGUAUCUGACGUCGAAAGGCGGUCGCCAAUGGCUCCACGGGGGCCGUCAGGAAGCGUCGCAAUAUAGCAUGUUUGUAGUCCGACAGUCAUCGCGGCUUCUGGAGGGUUGCUUGGCCUUUCACAGAGCGCUCGCUUGUUGUCAACGAAGGAAG